CCUAGAUUUUCUCGUUGUAAUCAUCAAAUCCAACUUCCAGCUUGAAUAUAUUCAGAUGUGUCAAUCACAGAUCUGUUGUUCUCAAAACGUCGGAUUAUCAAAAACCUGCAUUUUUAGGGAUGAUGGUGUCGAUGAUACUCUAUUGAGAUUCUCUCCUCUCAGAGAAGACGAACUGAAGGAGAUGCUGGGCCGUAUUCCACUGGAUAUGCAGCGUAAAUUCGACCGAUGGAUUCGACUAUUUGUCAAUGCAGAGCAACAAAAAUUUAUGUCCCUGAUAAAAGAGAAAUUUGGCUUGGAUCUCUUAACAAGCAUGACACGGAACUUUGGUUACACGGCAAGUACUUCUGGAUCACAAGCUUAUCGAUUGCAGUUCUUAAAUGGAAUCUCCCCAUCAGUUUCUACAGGAAUGACCAUUGAAGGAGAAGAACAUAAACCCUUCAUAGUGGCUUUGGUUGAUGGGACAGGGAAGAUUGUGACUACCGGGGCUGGAGCUGCAGCAACAGUUGAAAUUGUUGUUCUCGAGGGAGAUUGUAAUGAUGAUGAAGCAGGGAAUUGGAGUUCUGACGAAUUUAACAGUAAAAUCAUCAGUGAUUGGAAUGGAAAGAAAGUGCUUCAAGGAAAUGCCUUCCUGAAUCUGAAAGAAGGUGUUGGUUCUGUAGAUAAACUUUCAUUUACACACAAUAAAACCUGGAAGAAGAAAAGGAACUUCAGGCUGGGUGCAAGGUCUGUGAAUGCUGUUUUUGCCAAAGAAGCAAAAACAAAAUCCUUUCUCAUUGGGGACAAGCGCCAACUCACAUAUGGGAAGCAUCCUAUCCCUUGUCUACAUGACGAUGUAUGGCGAUUAUAUAAGAUUGGCAAGAAGGGUACUCUGACCAAAAGUUUGACACAUGCAAAAAUUAAAACGGUGGGAGAUUUUAUAGUUCGUCUAUUUCUAAACCGUCAGUGUCUCGAGGAGAUAUUUGGCGUAAAGCAUGCAAAAAGUUUGAAGAUUGCAGUGAAGCAUGCUUUAACAUGUCCUACUAAACUGAAGUAUUGCUCUAGUUAUGAGCAAGAACCUGAGGUUGUUUUCAAUGUCUCGGGUGAAGUGUUGGGAUUGUACCUGCACGGCCAAUUUCUUUCUAGAAAUAUACUCUCCGACACCCAAAAGCAGGAAGACGCCAAGAAGUUGGUAAUUUCUGCAUUUGAGAACUGGGGGGAUGUAAUAUCUGUUGAUGAGGACCAAUUUGUCGCAGAUUGUUCUAAUCUUGCGGUCCAUGGACUUGCAAAAACUGAAAUUGUUACUCCCUGCAUUAACACGCUAGCAACCACCUACAACAAAAGCAUAUAUAUGGAUGGCCCCGACUUGGUCAUUAAUGAAAGUUUUUUAUUUGGUAACAUGCUUUCUGAUGAGCAACAUCCAAACCCACAAUUCCUACCUGAAUCUUUAAGGCAACAGUAUAGUGAGAUUUAUGGUGGGUUCGAGAAUGUUUGGACUUCCAAUGAACAUGAACCAGAGCAUGUUCUUGAAUUGGUUGGUACUAAGACUGCUAAAAAUAAAGGGUUUUGUAGAAGAUGGAGGCGGCUGGUUUGGGUCGUAACCUUCACAAGAUCCUUGCUAAAAAGAAGUUUGGAUGAUAUUCAUGCUCACAAGAAACCAAGAUUAGCGUAGUUAGCUGUUUGAAACAGAAUCUAUGUUAGUAGUGUCAGUAGUACUAGAUUUCCUAGAGUUCGAAUAGACGAUAUAUUGAUGGCUAGUUUAUAUUUCUUUGUAGUUUCCUCCGUUGAAGCUCCAUCCUCCUUAACCAUAUAGGUAGGGCAAAAAAGUAGAAUGAAGAAGGAAAUCA